AUGGCACGCGUAAAGCAAACGCCACACAAAACCAUGGGAAAACCAAGGCCAAACCAACAACAACCACAACAAAAACGUCCACAUCGCUACCGUCCUGGAACAGUGGCUCUCCGCGAAAUUCGCCGUUAUCAGCGCAGCACUGAAUUGCUCAUUCCAAAGUUGCCGUUUCAACGUUUGGUGCGUGAAAUCAUUCAACAAGUUUCACCAAAUAUCCAAUAUCGCGUUGAAGUUGGUGCAAUGGCCGCAUUGCAAGAGGCUGCAGAAAAUUUUGCAACCGGAAUAUUCGAAGACGCUAAUUUGUGCGCCACCCACGCAAAACGCGUCACAAUAACGCCAAAGGACAUCGACUUGGCACGCCGCAUCCGCGGUGAAAAAUAA